AUGAGCAACCUCAAAAACGGCCAUAGUACAUUUGAGAACCCCUUCAAUAGCUCUUCAUCACUACCAGAUUAUGAAGAUUCAAAUGAGGGAAAUCAAGAACCAUUAAUAAUGGAAGAAUCUCAACAUAAUUUUUCAUCAUCAAUAACUGGUUUAAGCUCUAAAGGUAAAAUAUUUUACUCAAUUGGUAUGGGCACAAUAUUAUUAGUUAUUUCAUUAACUUUAAUUUUAAUUGAAGGUAUCAGUGCAUUAGUUGGUUAUUUUUUAUUUCCCUUUGGAAUUUAUCUUUUAUUUAUAUUGAGUGGAUUAACUGUUUUUGGAUAUGAGAGUCAAAUUGGUUCAGAAGCUUAUUUUAGAUUGGUUAUAAAAUCGUUGAAGAUUGUUGCAGGAGUACUGGUUGGAUUUAGUUUAAUAUUGUAUUUUUCAACCAGGAGUAAUGGAGACAAAUCUUAG